CCACCCCGCGGCUUGCUGGCUCUCUCUUUCUCCCUCUCUGUCUCACUCUCUCUCUUUCUCUCCCUCUCCUAUCGGAGCACAAUGAAAGCCUGUGUAUCGCCUGUGUAUCGCCGUGACUCCGGGCGGGAACCAGUGUCAGCAAGCGGCUAACAACAGACGAGAAAGAGAAAGGAAAAUACAAGCUACUUUUUUUUUCCAUCUAUAAAGCGGAGCAAUACAAGAGAUAGAACCACAUUGCUUAUUGCGAGUCCAGACCCUCAGAUCCACUGGCCGGGGAUGGAAUGUACAAAAGUGGACAGAAAAGUGGCUGGACAUGACUCGGUGCAAUUUGCUGGAAGUUUGUAAGUUUGACCAUCGUUUGUAAAUUACUCUCGGAAGAGUUUGUGUCUCUUGAUACUGUAUGAGAAUAGAGCCGGGGUGAGGAAUAGAACCGUAAGCGGGAAAGAAAAUAUGUGUCGAAGGAUCUCUCUCAGUGGCUAGCCACUUCAGAUUGCUUUCAUUUAAGGCUAGGAAACCUUAGAGGGAAUGAGGAUUUUGCCGGUGAUUGGAUUAGCAGAAGAAAAAAGCAUGGUCCCAAAGUCCAAUUACUGACAUUGUUAACGAUUGAAAAGCUGUCUCCUUUUGGGAGAAGACAACAUCCUACAGCACCCCAAGGAGGAGAUAACAUUGGAGCAAAGGGAAAGAGGAAAAAAUCAAAAGCCAAAAGACAGUUGCCCUUGAUUUUUGCACAUUUUGAACAUUGACUUCAAAACGUUCUGAAACAGCACUGUUUUUUUGUUUUGUUUUGUUUUUGGUGUGUGUGUGUGUGUGUGUGUGUGUGUGUUUAACCUGAGAAAAAGUAAAGGCUGCCGGUUACAUACACCAUGGUAGAAAUGUAUUUCUCUGCAGAUACAUCUCCAUAAUUUUCUGAAACAACUAGGUGCGGGGAGUCCAGCUCUCUAUUAAUACCUCUCUCAAUUCCUUUUUCUGUGUGUUUCUGUCUCUUGCUUGACAAUCCCUGAAUUCUUGAACUAACCCCCAGAUUUUGUGCUUACAAAGUACAUAGUGGCUCUUGUCAGCUUCUUGAGGUGUGUGGGGGGGAAUUCACCAACUCUAUCCAACUUCUCCAGAGCUGUCAAAUGCAAUUAGAGUAAGUUGAUCAGGGUUUGUUUCCAACUUAUCCUCUCCAGUUGGUCUCCAUUCUUUUCUCCCCACCCUCUUUUUACUAACUCCCCUCCCCCACACCUUCUCUACUGUUCCCCCCACCUCUGAAGACCUCUAUUCAUGUGGCCCUGAACACUGAGUUCACAUUGUCAAACACAGAUUUGCCUGCAAUAGACAACACAGUAGCCUCUUUACACCUCAUCAUCCCAGGCAGCAAUCAUUGUGUCCAAUAAGAUGGGGGACACAGCGCCCCCACAGGCCCCUGCAGGAGGGCUAGGGGGGCCUUCUGGGGCGGGGCUCCUAGGAGGGGGCUCAGUCACCCCCAGGGUGCACAGUGCUAUCGUGGAGCGCCUGCGGGCUCGGAUUGCUGUCUGCCGCCAGCACCACCUGAGCUGUGAAGGACGCUAUGAACGUGGUAGGGCCGAGAGCUCAGACCGUGAAAGGGAGAGCACCUUGCAGCUCUUGAGCCUUGUACAGCAUGGCCAGGGAGCAAGGAAGGCUGGCAAACACACCAAGGCCAAUGCCACCGCUGCCACCACUUCAGCCCCUCCACCGCCCCCUGCUGCCCCUCCUACGGCUUCCCAAGCAGCAGCAACAGCAGCCCCACCGCCCCCACCAGACUAUCACCAUCACCACCAGCAGCAUCUGUUGAACAGUAGCAAUAAUGGUGGCGGUGGUAGGAUAAAUGGAGAGCAGCAGCCACCAGCUUCAACCCCAGGGGACCAGAGGAACUCAGCCCUGAUUGCGCUUCAGGGUUCCUUGAAAAGAAAACAGGUAGUUAACCUGUCUCCUGCCAACAGCAAGAGGCCCAAUGGCUUUGUUGACAACUCUUUCCUUGAUAUCAAAAGAAUCCGUGUUGGGGAGAAUCUCUCUACUGGACAAGGUGGCCUCCAAGUAAAUAAUGGACAAAAUCAAAUUAUGCCAGGGGCCUUGCCUAUGAGUCAGGCACCCCCAAGAAAGAUUAGCACACUGCCAUCCCACAUACAUUCUCCUGGCAAUGCUUUGUUUAACAUGGGCUUAAAAGAGGUGAAGAAAGAGCCAGGAGAGACUCUGUCUUGCAGUAAGCACAUGGAUGGUCAAAUGCCGCAGGAGAAUCUUUUUAGUAAUAGGUAUGGAGAUGACCCUGGAGAGCAACUGAUGGAUCCUGAGCUGCAGGAACUUUUCAAUGAACUGACCAACAUAUCUGUGCCUCCCAUGAGUGACCUUGAAUUGGAGAACAUGAUCAAUGCCACCAUAAAGCAGGACGACCCAUUUAACAUUGACUUGGGUCAGCAGAGCCAGAGAAGCACGCCCCGACCCUCCUUGCCCAUGGAGAAGAUGGUGAUCAAAAGUGAAUACUCACCUGGCCUGACUCAAGGCCCCUCCAGCUCUCCUCAGUUAAGGCCCCCAUCAGCUGGCCCUGCAUUCUCAAUGGCCAAUUCUGCCCUCUCCACUUCAUCCCCAAUUCCUACAGUCCCUCAGAGCCAGGCUCAGCCUCAGACAGUGUCAGGAGCAAAUCGGGCCCUGCCAAGCUGGCAGGAAGUAUCCCAUGCUCAGCAACUCAAACAAAUUGCGGCCAAUCGUCAACAGCAUGCCCGGAUGCAGCAGCAACAGCAGCAGCAGCAGCAGCAACAGCAGCAACAGCAGCAGCAGCAGCAGCAGCACCAGCCUACCAACUGGUCAGCCUUGCCCUCUUCUGCUGGACCAUCCCCAGGUCCAUUUGGGCAAGAGAAAAUUCCCAGCCCUUCUUUUGGUCAGCAGCCAUUUAGCCCACAGGGCUCCCCUAUGUCCGGGGUAGCUGGCAGUAGCAACCAGUCAAAAGUAAUGGCUAACUACAUUUACAAGGCCAGCCCCUCAACCCAGGGUGGGCAUCUGGAUGUGCUCAGCCGAAGUUUUAUUAACAACCCCCACCCAGCCCUGGAGCCCCGUCAUGGCAACACCAAGCCUCUGUUCCAUUUUAAUUCAGAUCAAGCAAACCAGCAGAUGCCUUCUGUUUUGCCUUCUCAGAACAAGCCUUCUCUCCUACACUAUACCCAGCAGCAGCAGCAGCAGCAGCAGCAGCAACAGCAGCAGAGCUCAAUGACAGCUCAGCAGCAGCAGCAGCAGCAACAGCAGCAGCAACAGCAGCAGCAGCAGCAGCAGCAGAGCUCUAUUUCAGCUCAGCAGCAACAGCAGCAACAGCAGCAGCAGCAGCAACAGCAGCAGCAGCAGCAACAGCAGCAGCAGCAGCAGCAGCAGCAGCAGCCACCAUCACAGCCCACCCAACCCUUAUCAAGCCAGCCUUUGAUGAGGUCACCCUUACCACUUCAGCAAAAGAUCCUGCUUCAGAAAAUUCAGAAUCAGUCCAUCACAGGACUGGGCUAUCAAGUCUCCCAACAACACAGACAGGAUCAACACUCUGUGGUAGGCCAGAACACAGGCCCAAGUCCAAGUCCCAACCCCUGCUCAAAUCCAAACACUGGAAGUGGUUACAUGAACUCCCAGCAGUCACUGUUGAAUCAGCAAUUGAUGGGAAAGAAACAGACUCUACAGAGGCAGAUCAUGGAGCAGAAACAGCAGCUUCUCCUCCAGCAGCAGAUGCUAGUUGAUGCGGAGAAAAUUGCUCCACAAGAUCAGAUAAACCGACAUUUGACAAGGCCACCCCCAGAUUACAAAGACCAAAGAAGAAAUGUUGGCAAUCUGCAAACAGCUGCUCAGUAUUCUGGUGGCUCAUCGACGGUGAGUUUGAACUCUAACCAGGCUUUGACAAACCCAGUUUCAACACACACAAUUUUAACUCCCAAUUCCAGCCUCAUGUCUACUGCUCAUGGAACAAGAAUGCCAUCAUUAUCCACAGCAGUUCAGAACAUUGGGAUGUACGGAAAUCUGCCUUGUAAUCAGCCUGGCACAUAUAGUGUCCCUUCAGGAAUGAGUCAAAUGACCCAACAGAGAAAUCCAAAUCAACUUAUAGCCAAUCAAAACAACCCUCUGAUGUCACGGUCAUCUACCUUAGGACCAAAUAACAAUAGCAAUGUGGCCACUUUUGGAGCUGGAUCUGUUAGCAAUUCACAACAACUGAGACCAAAUUUAACCCACAAUAUGGCAAGCAUGCCAACCCAGAGAACAUCCAAUGUUAUGAUCACAUCCAACACAACAGCACCAAACUGGGCCUCUCAAGAAGCAACAACCAAACAGCAGGAAGCUCUGAAGUCCACAGGAGUCCGCUUCCCUACAGGAACGCCUGCCGCCUAUACUCCAAACCAGUCACUGCAGCAGGCAGUGGGCAGCCAGCAAUUCUCCCAGAGGGCAGUGGCUCCUCCUAACCAGUUAACACCAGCUGUGCAAAUGAGACCCAUGAACCAAAUGAACCAAGCAUUAAAUGGACAAACCAUGGGUCCACUCAGGGGUCUGAAUCUCAGACCCAAUCAGCUAAGCACACAGAUUUUGUCUAAUUUGAACCAGUCAGGGACAGGGUUGAAUCAGUCAAGGACAGGUAUAAACCAGCCACCAUCCCUGACACCCAACACUUUUCCUUCAUCCAACCAAAGUUCCAGGGCUUUUCAAGGAACUGACCAUGGCAGUGACUUAGCUUUUGACUUCCUCGGCCCACAGACUGAUAACAUGGGUCCAGCCCUCAACAGUGAUGCUGAUUUCAUUGAUUCGUUAUUGAAGACAGAGCCUGGCAAUGAUGACUGGAUGAAAGACAUCAAUCUUGAUGAAAUCUUGGGGAACAACUCCUGAAGGAGAAAGGGCAGACAGUUCACAAACUCAAAGCACUAACGGCAGAAUUUUAUAAGGAUGCUGUAAAGGCCAAACUUUUGACUUCCACAUGGAUUACAUGAAGAUACUGUGGCUUAAAAACAGAGACUAGCUGUAGUGAACAUAUUGGUCCAAAUUCUUUUUUAAAAUCUGAAACCUGAAAGUAAAACAUUGGGAUCUCUUUUCCCCAUCCGAACUCCAGGACAUAUUUUCCAAUUUAUCCAAACAGAACUGUGAUGUUAAUGUGUAAUUAAUUGUGUAAAAUAGACAUCCCAAGCUCUUUUUCUCCCUGAAAGAAAAGUAAUAGAAUUUGUAGCUUGUUUCAACCCUGUGUCACGGGGAGGUACUAGUUCCAAGCAACAAGCAACAGAUUCCUUAAUUUACUCUCAUAGAUAUGUGUGGUUUAAUUUUCCACUGUCUUUUCAUUUAAUUUUCCUAAAGCUUUCAGGAUAGAUUGAAAUGAUUUGUUUGGAGUAACUGAACGAUGUUCUAGGUGAGGGAAAGCCAGAAUCUAGAAAACAUCCAGCUGAUGAUAGAAUUUCUUCCCUAGAUUUGGUCCUCAUUUUUGCAAUUCUCCCACAUAUUCUAUACUUCAGUGGGAUGUUGUAUCUAGUAAUGAAAUAAGAAUGAAGGGCUGCAUAACUCGAUGUUGGCUUCCACAACCAUCUGAAUCCAUUCCCUACCAAGUUUUAGAUACAAAUAAGACUUGUCCUAAUCAUACUGAAAUACUGGUGCACACCUGUCUGUAUCAGAUUUCAUUUUUUAAAAAACCGACACUGGACUUGCCAUAAGGAGAUUUAUUUGGCCAGAAGUAGCCUGAGGUAUGAUUUAUUAUGAUUGAUUCUUACUGGUUUGUUCCUGAGGUGAGUGAAAUUGAGCCUGUCUUCCAUACUAAUUUUGAUGACUAGAGAAUGGUUUGUAAGAAAAGGAAGUUGGAAAUAAAAACUAAGAUUAGAAAGUAUUGAGUUUUAAUUGGAGGUAAAAGAAACAGAAGUAGCAGGUAGGAAUGGGUACAAAUCUACUUCAUAGAGUUUAGAGGAAAGCAUAAUUGGAAGAGAAAACAUUAUUUUAAUUGGGGUGAAUAGCUAAAUAAGAUGUAGUAUGUUAGUUGUGGCCUAUUCAUUCUUCUGUCCCUGAUGUGAUAAUUCCUUGCCACAUUCUAUGGGCCCUUCAUAUCUAAGUUUUAUCCCACAGGGCUGAGUACUAUAUCAAACAAAGUUUUUAUUGAGUAAUUUGAUCUCAGUACCCAUAUACAGAUGAGCUAAAAGUGGGGAAGAUGUGCAGAUUUGGGAAGGAUGCAAAAUAUACUAAUUACAGAGGAGCAAAGGUUAUUGUCAGCCUUUUAGUUAUACAUUCAUAUUUAAGUAUCAAAUGUACUUUAAUUGAAGUCAUUUAAAAACCAAGUCUUUAAAUAUCUGUUCAAAAAAGAACACACUUUUUUAAAUGGGUCCUGCCAUACUGCCCAGGCUAGCCUUGAACUUGCGAUCCUCCUGCCUCAUUCUCCCAAGUAGCUGGGAUGACGGGUGUGCAUCACCAUGGCAUUGAAAGAACACAUUUUGAAAGUUCUGCAAAGCCCUCUCCCAGUCUUUAAAAACGUCUAGAGGCAACCUCCUUCCUUUAUAGAACACCAACAUCACUGGCUCAGAUUUUCUGUGCUAAUUUGUAAAUAUGAAUAAAUGAUUUGUUUUGUAAACUUUUGUAAAGAAUAUUUUGGUAGAAAUACUUAAAACAUAUACUUUGGGUUAUAUUUAUACAUAUGUGAAAUAAAUAUACUAUCAAAAGGUUAUAUUUUAUACAAAAAGUAAAUUGUUACCUUUUGUAUGCUAAUAUACAAAGUUUUGUACAAUAAUAUGGUUUAUUUUUAGCUCUACAUUUAAACCAUAGGUGGUCAAGUGGGAACCUUUGAAAAUUAUCAAGAGGCUUGUUAGACAAACUUAUAUUCUGAAACCUUAAUAAGAAAGCAUUCCAGGUUUCAAUUCUUUCCUUUUUUUCUGCUCUCAAAUUCUUUAUUAAACCCAUAGUUCUUGCGUCUUAUUUGAUUACUCUACUGUGCACAUUGUAUUCGUCCUUGUUGCAUGUGGUCUACUGUGUGUUUUCUCAUUUUAUGAAACAGUGUUUCUCCAUGCAAAAAGAAAGGAAAAAUAAUGUACAUAUGAAUGCUUUUAUUUCAUUGCUCCUCCAUGUUUCUGUAUAUAUCUGCCAGUACUUCCCAGUUACACUCUGUGAUUCAGUUUAUUUUUACCCUAACAUAAAUAGUAUGUUUUGUAGUAGCUAUCAAAUUUAAGAGAUAAAGCAAUCAGAAUGUUUGGAUUUUCUUCUAUCUUAAUGUGAAUUUCAUAAUUAAUGUCUAUUUAUUCAGCUAUUCAUUAAAAUACAGGAUUCUUUGGAACAAAUGGUGUAAUCUAUAGUUUCUGUUUGUUGGCAGCCUAUUACCAAAGAUGAUGCAAUUUUCCUGAAAGCUGAGAUAAUGACAAUUUGAUAGACAUAUUUAGUGAGAACCUUAGGAUUUACAACUUAAGAGCUGUUGGAAUACAAUCUUCCAUUUGUAGAAAUACCAGACUACUUAAUUAUUGGCAUUGUUUAUCAUUUUGAUAUAUUAUACAAGCAGUAGAAGUAAUUUUUCAUCCUUUUUUCAAGUUCAAAGACUAGAAAGCAAUUUAAGCAAAUAAUUCAUUCUUGGUUUUGUGUUAAGCCCUGAAGAUAAAUAACUCCGCUCUAAAUGAAUGCACUAAUAUUACCUGCAUUACUGUAACUUAACCCAUAACUGUAAAGAUUUCUACUUGUAAAGUAAAUAUUUGUAUUGUAUGUAAUUCCAUGUGUAAAAAAUAGUUUUAAAAAAUUCAGAGGUGUUUUUCUUGUAUGAAGUCAUACUUUCCAUUCACCAAUCAUAUUGUUACUACAUCCCAGAAAGUUCUGAGAACUAUUAAUAGUAAUGGAUACUUACAGUCAAAUUUAUUCUGUAGGAAGCUUUUAGUACUAGCUAAAUGCUGAGUCAUGUCAUUUUAAUGUUCUUUAAUUCACUCAGAAAGUUUGUAUUAAAAUUUUAUCUGCACAGCACCUAUUAAUUACUGCCUAAUUCUCAGGCAUUGUGGGCAUUUAUCUGACUUGCUUUGUGGCAUUUGGUCAGACUGGGCUGAGGGAACAUAGGGCCCCCAAACCACAGCCUGCCUGAGCACCUUUACUCAGCCCUUCUUGAGAAGCAAGGAGGCUGAGAGAAAUCUGGGCCUCUAGGAAAAGAAGAACCUUUCUGCAUUCUCUUGCCCCACUGUUGUAUAUGUUGGUAGGGUUCCAUUGUCCCUUUCCCUUCUGCCAAAAUAUGUAUGCAAUUCUCUGUUUUACUAGCAUUAUUAAUGGAAUAAUAAUAAAAUUGAUAUUUUAUAUA